AUGAAGCAAAGAUUCUCAUCAUUAGACGUCAGGGUAAUCGCUCACGAGCUCUCGGAAGCCCUCGUGUCCCUACGGGUCGCAAAUAUCUACGACCUCAGUUCCAAAAUCUUCCUCCUGAAAUUCGCCAAGCCGAAUAGCAAACAGCAGCUUCUCAUCGAGUCUGGAUUUCGCUGCCAUCUGACCGACUUUGCUCGCCCCGCCGCCCCCGCUCCGAGCAACUUCGUCGCGCGUCUUCGCAAGUUUCUCAAGACCAGGCGGGUCACCGGAAUCUCACAGAUUGGCACAGACCGAAUCAUCGAGUUUCAGUUCAGCGAUGGCGCCUACCGAUUGUACCUCGAGUUCUUUGCCAGCGGAAAUAUCAUUCUUACCGAUGCCGACCUCAAGAUUCUUGCCCUACUCCGAAAUGUCCCAGAAGGGGAAGGCCAGGAGCCUCAACGAGUGGGCUUGACGUAUACGCUCGAGAACAGGCAAAACUACAAAGGGGUUCCUGAGUUAACCCGAGAGCGUCUUCGAGAUGCUCUUCAGAUGGCUGCAGCCCAAGCAGCUUCGAAGCAGACUAAGAAGAAAAGUUCAGACGAGCUGAGAAGAGGGCUUGCCACUACGAUAACUGAGUUACCGCCGGUGCUAGUCGACCACGUGUUUCGCCUGACAGGAUUUGCUUCCACCGCGAAGCCAGCAGAUAUAUUAGAUAAUGACGCGCUGCUUGACGCCUUGUUUCGGUCACUGACGCAAGCGCGCUCCAUCUUGGACGGCGUCACUAGCUCGCCUGUCGCGAAAGGGUACAUCAUCGCCAAGCCCAACCCCCGUGCGGUGCAAGAGCCAGCGGAUGAAGAGGAUUCCCGGAAAGAUACGGCUGCGCGAAAUCUCCUUUAUGAGGAUUUCCAGCCCUUUCUGCCAAAACAGUUCGAGGACAAUCCAAGCUGCAGAGUUCUAACGUUUGACGGUUUCAACAAGACGGUCGACGAGUUCUUCUCCUCGCUUGAGGGCCAAAAACUUGAGUCGCGCCUGCAGGAACGCGAAGCCACAGCCAAGAAGAAGCUCGAUGCCGCCCGGCAGGAUCAGGCGAAGCGGAUAGAGGGGCUCCAAGAGGCUCAAAUCCUAAACCUGCGCAAAGCUGCGGCGAUCGAGGCUAACAUCGAACGGGUUCAAGAGACAAUGGAUGCCGUCAAUGGCCUGCUUCAGCAAGGCAUGGACUGGGUAGACGUCAACAAACUGGUUGAGCGAGAGCAGAAACAACACAAUCCUGUGGCUGAAAUUAUCAAGUUACCUAUGAGACUCCAUGAGAACACCAUCACGCUCCUCCUUGGCGAAGCGGAGGAAGAAGAAGCCGAGGCAGAUGAGCCGCCGGACUUCAACUACGACACAGAUGACGAACCCGUCCACGAUGCAGAGACAAAUAAAGCCAAGGCAGUGGAUAAGCGCCUGGCAAUUGACAUCAAUCUUAAGAUUAGCCCAUGGAACAAUGCCCGAGAGUACUACGAACAGAAACGCACGGCAGCCGGCAAGGAGCAGAAGACCCUAAUGCAGUCUGAAAUAGCGCUCAGGAACGCCGAACAGAAGAUUGCCGAGGACCUUAAGAAAGGCUUGAAACAGGAGAAGCCUGUGCUUCAGCCUAUUAGGAAACCAAUGUGGUUUGAGAAAUUUCUGUGGUUCAUAUCCUCUGACGGUUACCUCGUACUCGGUGGCCGGGACGCUCAGCAGAAUGAGAUACUCUACAAACGGUACUUGAGAAAGGGCGAUGUUUAUGUCCACGCAGACAUGCACGGCGCGCCAACCGUCAUUAUCAAGAACGACCCUAAAACACCUGAUGCUCCGAUUCCGCCGUCAACGCUCGCACAAGCUGGUAACCUGUCCGUCUGCUGCUCUAAUGCGUGGGACUCGAAGGCCGCCAUGGGCGCCUGGUGGGUAAACGCCGACCAGGUCUCCAAAUCGGCUCCUGCUGGGGAGUAUCUUCCCAUGGGCUCCUUUAUGGUCCGGGGCAAACGCAAUCCCCUUCCCCCGGCUCUUCUGACCCUCGGGUUCGGCCUACUGUUCAAGAUCUCGGAAGAAAGCAAAACCAAGCAUGUCAAGCACAGACUGUAUGCUGCCGGCGGUGUCGGGCCCUCUAGUACGGCUCCGGUAGCCGCGACCACAAAACCUGAGGAUAGCGGCGUUCAGACAAAGGACCCAGGAGAGAAUUCAGAGAGCGACAGCGAGGAAGAAGUCGACGAGAACGAGAGGGCAAACCCCCUACAACCAGGCACGAAAGGCAAUGCGGAAGUUCAGCGAAAUGCCCCGCGGAGCAGCCAGGAGUCCCCGUCGGAUGAGAUGGCCAAUCUCAAGCUCAGCGAAGGGGAACCUGCUCCUGCUGAGUCAGAGGAAGAUGUCAAUCGCCCGCAAGCCCCCGUCGAAGAAGAUAACGGAGCGGAAGACAUGGGCCCUUCCCCGCCUUCAACCGGUACCCCUUCCACCCGUCCGGAGACGCCCUCCUCCUCUCAAAACCAGCCUCACAAAAAAUCCCAGCCACAUAAGCGCGGGCAACGAGGUAAAGCGAAGAAGAUAGCGGCCAAAUACAAAGAUCAGGAUGAGGAAGACCGCGCCUUAAUGGAGGAGCUCCUCGGCGUCGCCGCAGCGAGACAGAAAGCCGAGGCCGAAGCUGCGGCCAAGGCCAAGCGCGAGGCGGACGCAGCGGCAGCCAGGGAACGCCGUCGCCAGGCACAGGAGCGCGCAAAGAAGCAGAUUGCAGAGCACGAAGAAGUUCGUCGCUUGAUGAUCGAGGAGGGCAUUGACAUGCUGGACGACGCCGAGGCAGAAUCCAUGACGCAGCUGGAUGCGCUGGUGGGCACCCCGCUGCCGGGCGACGAGAUACUCGAAGUCAUUCCCGUCUGCGCGCCGUGGAACGCUCUGGGGAAGCUCAAGUACAAGGCUAAGCUGCAGCCUGGGCAGGUUAAGAAGGGGAAGGCGGUGAAGGAGAUUGUGGAGCGGUGGAGGGCGGCCAGCGGGAAGAAGGGGGUCGUGGAUGAGACGGCCGGAGAUGUGGAGAAGAUGUGGCCUAGGGAAGUGGAGUUGAUCAAGGGCCUGAAAGUGGAGGAGGCGUUCAAUGUCGUGCCGGUUGGGAAGGUGACGGUGAUGAUGUCAGGAGGCACAGGCGGGGGAGGAGGUGCUGGAGAUGGACAGAAGGGAGGGAAAGGCAAAGGAGGGAAGAAGAAGUAA